CACAGGGUUAUUAGGGUGGUGUAAAAUGUCAAAGAGCCCACUCAGCCAUGCUGUGACAUUGUUUACAAAACAAGAACGGAUCAAAGUGCAUCAAGCGCACAGGUAUCACGGUAGCUGUGUGUGGCACGCACGAAGAAAAGGGAGGCGUAUCGCGAAAAAUAACCAUAAAAAAGAGUCGACGACAAAAGAUGAUGUGUCAAAUCAGUGUAGACCUGCUGGCAAGAAAAUUCCUUUCCCGGGAUUGGGGGAGAAAGUUCUCCGUUUGAAGUAUAAAAGGUUAUCGAAGCAGGGAGCAAAAACGAACUGGACCGAAUGAAGAAAAUUGGCCACUAACGGCGCGUUCGUAAAUUGAUUUUUUUGGGUGAUGCAUCAGUCGAUCGAUUUGUUUGGUAGAUGUCAAAUCAGUUUCCAAUGCUUUUGCAUACGUUUGUUUGUAAUUUACGAACGCCAGCAUCGAUAAAAUGAAUCACUUCGAUAGAAAAAAUCAAUUUACGAACACGCCGUAAAUGAGAUCGUCUGUAAGUUACAUGUUAUCGCAAGGACCAGGUGACCCGAUAAUGGCGCAUCCAGACUACGAGCAGCAUCACUAUCAUCACGGUUGUCUGCUAAUCCUUGUGCGCGGAAUCGGUCCACUGAAGCCGCGAUCUCUGCAGCGUGUUUUCGAACGAAUUCAGCGACUGAACAACGUCAAAAUUCCUGAUUCUUCAGGAAUAACUCGAGAUAUUUGGGUCCGAUAUAUUAGAGACCAUCCAGUGGAAAAUUUAAAGGAAAAAAAUCGUCAUCACCCGUGGUGUAACAUAGAACACCCGUUUAGUUUGCCACAGCUCGGAGCGGUUCUUCCUCAGCUGUUUCCCCGUCAUUUCGGCGGUAUCUUCCUUGGGAAUACCCAUGAUCUUGUAGCAUGCUUCGAUCUGCUGAUUUACCAGCGGUCUAGUCGGUGCCAUGAAGAUAACCUUCCCGGUUGGAUACCACCGGUAUAGAUUAGAUUGUACAUCACAACCGCUGCGAUAAAGGUUUUUCCCAACCCUUUACCCUUUUGUUCUGCUAGUUCGAUCCGUCCAGUCGUACUACUUCACGGCUUCACGGCUUUUGCACGAGGAGAUUGAAAAACAGCCACUGUUGUUUGCCACUCUAAAACAAAAACAAAAGAUUUAAAUUCAAGUUGAUGGUGACGUCAUAUAAAACACCACCACCAAAGCACGACUGUUUCGGUCAUACUUCUCAUUGCUUUUCUUUGACAAAAAACGUAAACAAUGUAAUAGGCUGUCAAAAUUUUGCCUUCCG